CAAGUUCGAAUCAAGCUGUCUUUGCAUUCAAGCUGAAGCUUGCUGGCAUUCAAACAACAGGUGGUGUGCACUGCUUUCUGCAUUGAAAUAUUAGUAGUACCAGGCUAUCAUGCAGCAAAUAAUGCGGCGAGUGAUAGCGUUAUGAAGUAUAGUGGUGUGCAAGUGAACUCUGCGCGCCUAUUUUAUAGUUAACAUGUAGUUUUAUUAGAGAAGGAUUUUUAAUUGGGUAUGAAGUAGUUUGAUCGUGUAUUAGUGAUGGAUAGUUUCAACGCGACGAUAGGAAGGUUUUAUGAAUGGCAUAGCGAAGUAGAAGAAAGCGUAACAGAAAACUCCUUAGAAGAAACGAAGGAAGAAAUAAGAUGUUUACCAAGCAUUGACAGGAAUCUUAUUCAUUGCAAGUUGUUUUAUUUUUGUUAUAGUUCUGCCAUGGGUUCUCUUUGGCCGUACGUACCGUUGUAUUUUCGUCAGUUGUUCUUAACUCCCCGUCAAGUGGGCGCAAUUGUUGCUGCGAGAACUAUUAUUCAAUUUUUAUUUGUUCCAUUCUGGUGCAUGAUAGCUGAAAAAUAUCGUAAGCAUAAAGAGCUGCUAUUAGUCAGUUUAUUUGCGUGGUUGAUAAGUACAGUUGGGAUAUUGUUUAUACCAAGAGAAGAACCCAGAGCCUGUUUAACAAUGAGGAACUUGACCAAGAAACAAAUAGAAAAAGCUGCAGGGAAAGAAUGGUUUGAUUUUUCACCUUUUAAAGAUAGCAACGCUUUUUUAAUUAGUCGUGACGAGAGUCGCGAGUACACGCGUGAACAUCGCGACUUACGCGACCAAGGCGUGUUUGAUGAUUAUAUACCCGGACUAAUAUUAAACACGUCAUCAGAUUUUGCUGCUAUAUACGAAGAGUAUGACCCAGAAAAACAUUUAUCUGAUUCGUCUCGCCCAUUUAUCUUGUUAUUAUUGGUAACCAUAUUAGGCGUUAGUUUAGCCUCGCCUGCCCAGACUUUAGCUGAUAUCUGUACGUUAAAACGUCUGAAAAAUCAAGCUCAGUCGUUUGGUCAACAAGUAGUAUGGGCAGCGGUCGGCUCAGCAUUAUUCGCUUUCACAAUUGGUGUAUCAGUAAACUUUUUACAAAGACGAAAUCCAUGUACACGUAUGACUGAAGUGAAUUAUUCGCCAUGUUUUUAUGCUUUUACAUUUUUUAUGUUAUUAGCAUUCAUUGUUGCUACACAAUUCAAAUUUCAAUCUAACGAUGCUAUUCAAGUUGAUCUGGACGAAACGAUCGCAAAUUUGUGGGAGUGCGUUAAAACUAUAAACGAUGUUCACUUAACAAGUCUCCUUGUGGUAACAUUUUCGUGCGGAUUCGGGAAUGGAUUUAUAUCGACUUUUUUGUUUUGGCAUUUACAAGAAAUGGGCGGCUUGCAAAUUCUGCUUGCGUUCGUUUCUCUUAUAAACAGUACUGCUGAAGUGUUGUUCUACAUGCUAUCAGAUCGAUUACUUGGAUACGUUGGACAUUUUAGACUAAUCUACCUUGGUCUAUUUUUCUUUUCAGCUAGAUUCUUUUAUUAUAGUUUUCUGCGCCAACCUUGGCUAGUUUUACCUAUCGAAAUAACGCACGGAAUGACAUCUGCAGCCAUACGAUCUGCAAUGAUAUCAUAUAUACGACAAGAGGGAACCACUGGUCAUAUCUUGCAUGGUAUUUUUAAUGGUAUUCACGGUGGACUUGGGUUUUCAGUAGGCGGGCUUGUCGGCGGUUUUAUGGUACACAAUUAUGGCCAUGCGAUUACCUUUCUUAUAUUUGGAGAAAUUAGUCUGCUUACUUUGUUUUGUUUCGUUCUGAUAAAUAACAUAUGGCCGCACACAAAACAUGAUAUAAAAGAUAUGUUCGAAAUACAGACAACAAAAAAUAAACUUGCAGAGCUAUAUAGCGUUAAUAUGAACUCCAAACAGGAGCAGACAAUGAAUCAUAACUCCAUCUCACAUUCUACAAAUUCGAACCUUGAAGAGUAAUGAGAGGAUGUAAGCAUAUUAAUAAAGAACUUGUAACUAAGUACUUUUUCUUUUUUUGCAAAUACAAAACACCAUACUUGCAAAAA